AUGAGUUCGAUUCCUCCUGUGUUGACCUUUGGCACAACCACCAACCGCGUCUACAGCGUGGUGGAUGAAGAAGGAACAGGCAUUAUCGUCCGCCGCGAUGUUGAAGGGGGGAUAGCCCGAUUCUUCUUGGCAAUCAUUGCUUCUGGCGUGGCGAGCGAGUGGAAUCCAAUUGAAUUCACAUGGCCAAAGGGCAUAACAGGAGAGACGCUCGACGUCGACCAGCCAUUCUAUCUAGGAUACAGUAAAGACAUUUCCAACGCCAUUAUAUACCUGUACGAGAACAGCGACGAGGAUGAUUUUUAUUCCAUUCAGUAUGCAAAUUUUUACGACUACCAGCUGGUUAAACUCGCCAAUGACGAAGACUUUGAAGCCUGCACGAGCUUCUUCGCUCAAGACCAGUUGAUUGCUCUCUGCGAUACCGAGUACAACUACUACCUGGGCGAGCCUCAGGAUCCUCUGUUUGAGUAUACAAACCCUGACGAAGAGAUGAAUCGGAUUGUAGUUGAGAUUGGUAUUACUGGGGGUGCACAUGCGGUCCCAGUUGCGCUUCUGCAGCCUCUGCCCGGACAGUCCGAUCCAGUGAGAAUCCGAUGGUGGUCGCACGGAAACGAGACUUAUUUCGAAAAUGCCUCCACUCGCCCCGAGGGAAUUGUGUGUUUUGAUGAUUACAUUGUUUGGCAUAGCGGCAACAAUAUCGGCUGGAUUGACGUUUCCAAGACAGGAACUCCGGUGACUCAGUUUGAUUCAGUCUCUGCCCAGGGUCAGACAGUGGCCAUUGCUAAAUUGGGCCCGCAGCUCCAGGGCGGCCAUUUCUGGUAUGCCACUGACGAUGGUAUCGUCUACUACCUGGAUAUCUCGCAAAAGAGCUCGCGUAAAGUGCUGGAUGUGAGGAGUUCUCUGGGGGCUAGUUCGUCGCGCAUAAGUCAACUGCGGGUGGAUAAUUACUUCUUUAUUGCCCUAUUGGAUAAUGGCGUCGGUGGUACGUGGAAGAUUACCGAUGUGAAGUAG